CAACUCUCCGCUCCCAACCACUCCUCCCGCGCGCGACCAGGUGCGGAAGAGCUCCGACUCCGGGGACGCGCGGUACGUAAUGGCGACGGCGGAGCUGGUGGCUGCCAGCGGCUCGGGCGGCGCCGACAGCAGCAGCACGGGCGCGUUCAUGGAGACAUACGGCAAACUCAAGAAGGAGUUGCUCGAGGACCACGCCUCUGAGUUCACCGACGAGUCGUCGCUCCAGUGGAUCGACCGCAUGAUGGAUUAUAAUGUGCCCGGGGGAAAGUGCAACCGCGGGCUCUCUGUCGUCGACAGCUACAAGAUCUUGAAGGGUGUCGAUGUUCUGGGCCACGAGGAUGCAUUUCUUGCUUGCACCCUUGGUUGGUGCGUCGAAUGGCUUCAAGCUUAUGUUCUGGUGCAUGAUGAUAUCAUGGACAACUCCCAGACACGACGUGGGAAGCCUUGCUGGUUCAGGGUGCCUCAGGUUGGCCUCAUUGCUGUAAACGAUGGGAUUAUCCUUCGCAGCCAUAUUUCACGCAUCCUUCAGCGCCACUUUAAAGGAAAGCCAUAUUAUAUUGAUCUCAUCGAUUUGUUCAAUGAGGCUGAGUUUAAGAUGUCUUUAGGGCAGUUGUUGGAUCUUAUCACCACUCAUGAGGACGAAAAGGAUCUAAGAAAAUGUAACGUUGCAAAUCACCGCUGCAUCUCUCAGUACAAGACAGCCUACUAUUCAUGUUAUCUUCCUGUGGCAUGUGCGUUGCUGGUGGCUGGUGAGAACCUAGAUAACUUUAGAGAUGUAAAGAACAUUCUCUUUGAAAUCGGAAUAUACUAUCAAAUCCAGGAUGAUUAUUUGGACUGUUUUGGUGAUCCUGAAAUCACUGGCAAGAUCGGAACUGACAUUCAAGAGUACAAGUGUUCCUGGUUAGUUGUGCAAGCUCUUGAACAUGCUGAUGAGAACCAAAAGAGAAUUCUGUUUGAAAAUUAUGGAAAGUCUGAUCCAGUAUGUGUUGCAAAAGUGAAGGACUUGUACAAAGAGCUUAAUCUGGAGGAGGUGUUCCGUGAGUACGAGAGUGAGAGCUACAACAAGCUGAUUGUUGACAUCAAGGCCCAGCCAAACAAGGCCGUUCAAAAUGUUUUGAAGUCCUUCCUCCACAAGAUCUACAAGAGGGAUAAGUAGACCCAGUUCGUUAAGAAGCUGCUCCAUCGAUGCGUGCAUCAAGUUACUAAGCUUGAUGCUGUACUUGUACUAUGUUGCUAUGUGUUACACUUCCUUAUAGUAUAGUAGUAUCGUAAAGUACAUGAUUUCAAGUGAUGUGUUAACUGAUUGUGUCGCUAGUAUAUUCCCAGCUCCUGCUA